UGUAUUACUGACGGUUUAUAUAUGAUAAUUUUUACCUCUAAUAAUACAACUUCUACAAUAACUAUCAGUGUCAUCAUUCUGCAUUUUACUGUGGAUACACUAAAUGAUAAAACGUUUAAGCAAAAGUUUUGCUUUUUUAUAUUGGUUUAAGAAGCAGGAUUUUGCACUAAUAUCUGUAUUAAUAUGCAAUGCUGGAAAGUUACAAUCUGAUGUACCUUUAAAAACGUAUGUUGAACUUUAUGCAUGUAUACGAUUAGACGAAAACGUUUCGAUUGAAAUCAAAUUCAACCAGGGCAGUAGCUGUUUCCGCUGAAAUGUAAGAACAGAGCUCUCUGUUUAGCUGAACUUUUAUUGGAUCGAUCUGCGCUUCAUAUGUUAUAAUCGGACCUGCUAUUUGUGGUUGAUAAUCGGUUCAACUUGUGAUUUUUAGCUUUUUAAACUGGAAUAGAAUACUUCUGCUAACAAUGUUAACUAAAUGUUUCAUAGCCUCAGUUUGUAAGCAAAUAUUAAAGUGGAUAAGUUUAAUCAUUACAAACAUUAAAAACUGGAAACUUAGCAAAGAUGUUAUUCCUCAGUUACAUAGCAAGGAAUCUUCUUUAACCAGUCAUCUCAUGCGCAGAAGAGGACUCUUAAAUAGACCAUUUCGACCUACAUUCCUUCUUUGCAAUGGAUACAUUCAGACAAUUGCAGGACUCUUGUACAGACCUUUGCAGGAAUACAAUUUUCAACGGGAAUAUUUACAAAUGCCUGACAAAGGUGUUGUCGCCUUAGACUGGUUCAUUGAGUCAACGGAAAAGUUAAGAAGAAACAGUCUUAUUAUAGUAAUUUUUCCUCGGCUAACUGGUGAUGCCCUAAGUGUUGGUAGAAUUUGCAGACUCGGUGCUUCGAAAGGAAUGAGGUCAGUUGUGUUCAAUAGACGUGGACAUGGUUCAAGUUUGCUUACCACGUCUUGUCUAACAAGCAUAGGCGACACAAAAGAUACUAGAACAGUAAUGGAAUAUAUCCUACAUAAAUUUCCAUACGGGAGGAUAGUUGGAAUGGGAAUAGGUGCCGGCUGUACCACUUUGUUCUCCUAUCUUGGCGAGUUUGGGUCUUCUGCCGUGAUGAAGGCAGCGAUAAAUAUAUCCCCAUCUUAUGACAAUACUGUUGGCGGACUACAUAUUCCAAAAUUCUAUGAAAUAUUUCUGUUAUUUUAUUUCAAAUUGAUGUUAUUAAGAAACUGGAAAGUUUUGUGGAAAGCAUUAGAUAUGAAAACGGUAAUAUUAAGAACAUGGACACUCAAACAAUUUGAAUAUCUUUUACAUUGUAAACUAUGUGGAGAAGAUACAUUUGAAUCUUUCUGUCAGCGGAAUGACCCAAUGAGAGACGUAGACGAUAUUGCAGUCCCAGUUCUUUGUGUUAAUAGUCAAGAUGACCAAGUUUCGGUAAAGGAAAAUAUUCCAUUUGAUAUCUUUGAUAUGUAUCCGAAUCUACUACUUGUUACAGUUGAAAAGGGUGGACACUGUGCGUUCUAUGAAAAUGUCCAAGGUGAUUCAUGGGUGGAAGAGCUCGCGAUAAAUUACAUACAGCAUGUUUCAGAAUUUGUAUCGAAUUCUAAACUGCGAUGAACUGAUUUAUAUUGUAUAUGUACUUGAAUGCCAGUGCAGCUAACAUUUAAUAUGUUAAUUUAUUCAGUCCGAUAAAACGCUAUGAUUGUGUACAAUGACAAUUUAUACAAGCUCCUAUUUACAAUAAUAGUGCAACAGUAAAACGAUUGCUGAAGUACCAACUUUCCGUGAUCUAGUUUGUUGUCUUCCAACCUCGCUCUUCAAACCAACAGUCAGGAUGACGCCCAGUUAUAACUGGAGCUUAAUAAAAUAUCUGACAGUAGGGUGUUCAUACCAAAGCUGUAUUCUGACUUUUACGAACUUUAUCAAUAUAACUAAUAUAUGAUACACAAUAUACUAUAUUUAUACUAAAUAAAACAGAAGUAUUUAUCCUUUCAUCUUAUAGGCUAAGGCUUUUUACCGUUACGUUUAAUAGUUUGGUCGGAAUUUUACUAAGACAAAAUGCAUUGAUACAUACUUAAUGCUGACAACUGGCUCCUUUGUCACAGUUUCCUAGAUGUUUGGGUCACGUUGUUGUAUAGGGGUACGUUGACCUAUCACAGUUCAUCACGUUGGUUUUAACCAGUGCGUUAGGGCAUACUCAUUUCAAACGUCUCUCCAGUAAGUUAUAUUGCCAUAUUACGGAUAUCAGUUUUCCACAACCAGUAUCGUCAAAUACGUGAACAAACGAUAUGGAUGUGGCCACCUUGAAUUUCUAACAAAGAACUUAACUAGAUAAUUUCCUAUUCAAGAUGUAAUCACUUCACAUGUUGUAUCAACCUUUAUGGCAGUCGGGUUGGAUUCAGCAGCGAAAUGUGUAAAGGACUAUUGAAGUGAAAUAAAUAAUUCAUAUGGUUACAAACAAUGA